AUGGAAAAUGGGGGUAAAACCAUAGCAGACAGCAACAAUCAAUUACAUAGCUGCAACAACCAACACAGGCAGCACCAACCUCCCUCUUUCUCUUCUCUUCUUCUGCUCUCUACGCGCCCAAUUCGCCUUCUUCUCCUCCAUUUUGAUUCUCUCUCUGUACUUUCUCUCUCACACCUUCAUUUCCGUCGAAUCCUCGAUCGGAGCCGGCGAUCGAACCAAACGCCACUCCGAGCCGGACUCUUCUUGAAGUUACGAUUCGUGCGUUUUCUUUCAUUGACUUUCCAAGUUUUUAUCGAAUCGUGCGCGAAUGCGCGCGAUGUAGCGGAGAGAUCUGCUAUUUCUCGAUCUGUUUUUGCAAUCCGAGGGGAUCCGAGUCGAUUUGAUUGUUUGAGUUUGUGUUCGAGCAAGAUCCGAGACUUGUUUUUGGCCAAGCGACGACUUCUUGCGCUGGAUGAUCGUGUGGUUGUUUUUGCUUACAGUUGUUGCGUUCUCGUUGGUUUGAAUUGA